AUUUUGGUCUUGUUAGCUGAAGCGUGAGGAGGGCUCAGAAAGUCAGACUUUAAUAUUCAGACGAGUUCUCUGUCAACGUCAGCCAGGCCUUUGUUGUUUGUUUGUCUUUCUGUCUACUUUUCUGUGGCUGCCAGUCGACAGACAAGUUCUAAACAAAGUCUUACAACCAAUAAACCAUUCUCCACCGUGAGCUCGAUUUCUUCACACGAUGUAAAAAUAAAUAUACUGUGAUGCAACACUGCAGUACAGGACUUCUUCCAACGGGGGCCAGAAAAUGGAUCAAAUGACAGUUUGGCUGAGGAUACUGGCGGGAAAAACAAGAUUUAAAAUAAAUAAAUAAAUAAAUAAGCUAAGGCUAAGGUGCAGAUACAGAAGAGCAAAGUCAAAGACAAAACAGGACGACACGAGACGUUACCGUGGCAGAGAGGGAAGAGCAGGUAUAUAUGCUGCGACAGGAGUUAAUGAGACACAGGUGGAGAGGGUGAGGCAAUCACUGUGGAGGGAGGAAAAGGAAUUCACCUGUUUACUGUUGGGAAUGUGAGCGCAGGAAGGCAGAGAGUGAACACCUGCAGAAGACAUGAGAGGAGUUUCACCUCCACAUCAGGUUCUGCAGUCCCAGUAAGAAAAAUCCCACCGUCUGUGAACCCGUCUUCUGACAAAUGAGUUGUCCAUGAGUCACAUUCGAGGUCAUCGGUUUACUUGAUUUGGCCUGAGGGUCUUCUAGACGGUUGAUUGUCCUCACCAACAUGAAAGGGUUGGGCACCAACCGUAACAGACAUCUGUCUGAAUCUUGUGAGCCGUCAUCACUUCACCCAGAACCCUACUACUCUCCCAACACCAGCACUUUGCCUCGCAGUCCUUACUUGCUGAGCCCCACGAUGGACCACUACAGUUCCAUGGACCCCCACCUCUAUCCCUUAGCCAACCCACAAUCCUUUCCACCAGACACCAUGUUGCCAUUCAACAACCAGAUGUCUAACAGCACCUCCUUCCCUGGGAUUCAUUACAACUCUUACGACCAGUCGGACUUCUCCCCACCUGGAGACAGUAUUGGUGGGAUAAGCACAGGAACCAUGGGGGCUCCAAUGUCCAUGGGCAUGGGAACUGGCAUGAGCGUGGCAGGGUUAGGUGGGCGACGACCUAUGAUUACAAGUGGCUCAGCGACCAUAUCCCAUCACAUGACCAAGAACCAGGCACCACCCAGCCUGCUGCAGUUUGACAAGCAGCUACCUACAGGGUGUGACGGGUUCAGUACGUUGCAGUUCCACCGAGCGUCUGCUGUCGCUUCCUCCAAGCAGAGCACCGACAGUCCCGGUCGCAUCCGCUACAUGUUGCACUCUGUGCAAAAGCUCUUUGCAAAGUCUCAGUCUCUGGAAAGCCAGACCAUGAAACGAAACAUGAACGGGCGCUCAACAGGCAGUGGUGGAGGUUCAUCUGGCACGGAGGAUGGGGGGAAACAGAAUCGCAGAUCCAAAAGUAAAGAUCGUGGUACAAAGUCAGAGGUCUCCAAGAGACGACCACGCUCCAACAUGUCAGGUUACUGGAGCUCGGAUGAUUUGGACAGCAGUGAUCUGAGCAGCUACCACAACGCCAUGAUGAGUCUAGGGCAUCAAGGUGGUCAGGAGAACCAGAGCAGAUACAUCCACAGCGGCUACAACACCAUCAGCUCCACAAAAAGCAGCAAUGACAUCAAGUAUCAGGCACUGUCUGUCCCUGUGGGUGGAGGAGGUGGUGGCCUAAGUGUAACUAGCGGAAUGGCAAUAAAUGACAGUGACUAUGUCAAAGGAGGAUCCUGGUCUACUCUGACUAUGGGCCAGCCGAGGCAGGUGAUUCAGAAAGGUUCCUCUACUCUGGAUAGAUCCAUGAUUAAGUCCAAAUCCUACCAGCAGGAACUAACCUGCAACUACCUACAGGUCGGAAGGAGGGGAGAUUGGAGUAGCACAUUAGGCAGCAGCGGGGGAGCCAAUGAGAUCCCAUGUCGGCGGAUGCGGAGUGGUAGCUAUGUGAAGGCCAUGGGGGAUCUGGAAGACAGCGAUGACUCAGAGGGAAGCCCAAAACCUUCUCCAAAAUCGGCUGCACGUCGUCAGAGCUACCUCAGGGCUACACAGCAGUCUCUGAGCGACCAGCUACCCCCACGCAACUGUCUUCCGUCUCUCAGAGAGCUCUCCAAUAACCACAGCCUUGACAACCUUGACUGCAUCGAGGGCACGAGUUUGUCUUUGCCACGCUGGGAAGAUGAUGACCUCAGCCAGGCCUGCAGCACCCUGGGUAGACGUAGCUGCAUGGCACAGCUACGGAACCUGGAACUGAGUCGUCAUUAUGAGGACCACAGCUCAGACUCCACGUUCAGAGAUUCUCAUUCCCAUUCUCAGGACAAUCCCGAGCCUCCGGACUUGCCCAUGCCGACAUGCUUCCGUUCUCGUAGCCACAGCUACCUGAGAGCCAUCCAGGCUGGCUGUUCCCAAGAUGACGAAACGGCAUCUAUAGACUCAGGCUGCUCACCACCUCCGACUGACACAACUGUCCGCACAUAUAGCACCAGCACUGAUGACCUUUCUGCCCAAUGGAAGAUAUGGAAAGAACAGUUUGGCUCUUACCUGAGAGCCACAGGCUUGGACAAAGCCCCAAAGGAGAAACAGCUUGCAAUUUUUCUGCAGCGUUUUGGGACAGACAGACCGAGCAUCCUACCCACACACACAGUCUCUACAUACAUCUCUACCUGUAAGAAGACUGCUCCUCCUCCAGUGCCACCUCGUUCAACACCCAAGCCCUACAUCUCAGUGACUGUCCAGAGUAGCACGGAAUCUGCCCAGGACACCUACCUGGAUCAGCAGGACCGAAGGUCGGAGGUCAACAGCCAGUCCAGUCACGCUCAGAGCAACUCCUCUGAUAGCCUUGAUAGCACCCGUGCCAAUAGCCUGGCCAGGGGUUUUCCACGCCCAUCACACAUCUUCCCCACUCCUUUCGCCACCACCAGAGAUCCCAUCGGUCCAUCUACUGUCAGUGCUUCCACAGAGACAAACGACUCGGUCGUCCAGCACGACUCCACGAAACCAGGAUCUAACAAAGGGAAUCUAGUGGUAGAGGAGCCUUUAGUGGCACCUGUGCCCAGACGGAAACUCUCGUCCAUUGGUAUACAGGUCGACUGUAUUCAGGAAGUACCACGAGAGGAGACGCCACCACUGACCAAAUUCCAAUCAAUUGGAGUACAGGUGGAGGAUAGGUGGCAGAACUCCAAUAGCAUGGCCUCCAAACAAGAUACAGACUCAGACACUCAGGACGCCCCCAUCAUCAUGCAUGUCAAUCAUACCAAAACCACUGAGAAAAAAAUCAUGGUCAGUAGUGCCAGCCAAUCCAUGAGCUCCCCUCCUGGACAGGACUCUAUAGACAAUGGGGACAAUGCAGGUGACCCCACUUCACCCCCACUACCCAGGCAGAUCCUCAACCGCUCCACCACACGCAGCAGCUCUUCCUCCUUCUCAGAAAGUCUGGACCCGGCGCUGGACCCCUCGUCUCUGCCACCUCCUGACCCCUGGCUGGAGAGCGGGAAUGUUGGUAACAGUGGUGUGCCACAAAGCGUAGGAGGCGGGACGCUGUGUCGAAGAGAUGGCCACUGGUUUCUCAAACUGCUGCAGGCUGAGACUGGACGUAUGGAAGGCUGGUGCCAGCAGAUGGAGCAGGAGACCAAAGACAACCAGCUCUCAGAGGAGGUCUUGGGGAAAGUUCGCAGUGCGGUAGGAAGUGCCCAGCUCCUGAUGUCCCAGAAGUUUCAGCAGUUUCGAGGACUGUGUGAGCAAAACAUGAAUGUGAACACCAACCCACGGCCCACGGCCCAAGACCUGGCUGGUUUCUGGGAUCUGUUGCAGCUCUCCAUCGAGGACAUCAGCCUCAAGUUCGAUGAGCUCUACCACCUUAAAUCCAACGACUGGCAGCACGUGCCAUUCACAGCUGCCCAGUCACCCCCUGAGCGGAAGGAAGAGGAAAAGACGGCUCCUUCACCAUCAAAGAAACCUGGUAAAGGACGGCCAUCGCUGGGCCGUGAGAAGAGCGCCGACUCUUCGUCCACCUCCUCAUCGGCCUCAGCGGAGAAGCAAAGACAGGAGGCUCGAAAACGUCUGCUGGCUGCCAAGAAAGCUGCCUCAUUCAGGCAGAACUCAGCCACAGAGAGCGCUGACAGCAUUGAGAUCUACGUCCCCGAGGCCCAGACUCGCCUUUGAGAGAGUACGACGCAAAAACGGAGGGAUUUAAGUCAGAUAAGUGUCAUUGACAUAUGCCACGAAGAUUGAGAAGAACUUUGGCUAUUAACAAGUUCACGUAAAUGUGGAGCCGGGCAGAACAAGUGAAGUCCCUAGACAUGGGAAGUCGGACUGGGGUUAACGUGGCCAUUCUCAACAAAUUCAUACAGUUAUAGGCUGGUCCUGGUUCCACCCAACAAUGUAAACUAACCAUCAAAAAAAGAUGCUGAUGUUGUGGACUAUAUGAAGCAGGAGACUUCAUGUCAUUGGAGGCUGCCAUUAAAAACCUCAGUCAAUGGACCCUGGUAUUACUUGUUACUACUCUUGUUAUUAUAUAAAAAGGCUCGUGACGUUAUUAGAGUUAUUAUUAUGACAUUAUAUCCUAAAGAAUCUUUAUGAAGACUGUUUUAAAAUGCCUCUGUCUGGGCUUUUAGAUUUAUAAAGUGGGACGUGUAUGUGGGCAAUAACGCUCCGCCCUGCCCCUCGGUUUCCCUCCCUUCCCAGAUCAUUGGCCAUUUUGUAGCUUUGCACAGCACCACCCUAUGGCCAUUCCACGAACUACACCCAGUGCACUACACUACAUAAAAAGUUGCCUGAAGUACGUCCGUCUUCCUUGUAUGUAUUUAUUUAGCCGUCUUCUACGUGAUAAACAAAGUAUUUUAUGAUAAUUGUGACCAUUUUACAUGUGAUGAACUUAAUAUUCAGGUUUGAGGGAAAAUGAACAUUUGCAUACGAGUAUGAAACUCGAAAUAUUUUGACUAAACUGACAUUUUAGAAGAUUAACUUAUUUUCGGUUUUAAAAGGCAUAUCCUGGAACUCUUGGUGACCACAUUUGAUGGUCUUGGUCAGUUUUGGACAUACACACAGAGGCCAACAUGUUACUAAAUAUUUGGGUUUCGUCAUAUUCUUGUUGAAUCUUUGGACGUGUGCUUAAAUCAGUCUGUGAAAGGUUUCUGAAAAUGCUUUUUAUAAACCCAGCCCACCAUUCAAGUCAGACGUGUCAAACCUUUUAGUGCUUUUAUUUCAUGAAUGUAGUGGCAUGUGUGGGAGCACACAUAGUUCUAAUUUUAAACUGUUUCUGAAACCAGUGAUUUAUUUCAUUACACAAAGUCAAGAUUAAUGAUUUUACUUUUUGACAUGUUCUGCAAUCUUCAAUGGGUUUUUGGCCAAUUUUUAUUGACUUUAUUCAUCCUCGUGUUAGUAUUAUUUAUUGAAAGCUGCUUAUUUUUGACGAAGGAUGACAGAAGCCAAAGUUGAUCACUGUUAAAGUUGUUUCAUUGUUAUUACCAUAAAAGUAGUGUGAUGUUAUGUAACUUUUCUUUCCUACAUUCAAAUGUUAAAACAGCAAAUUUGUCCAAUCAGCAAAUUUGUCCAAUCCUUGGAAAAAUGGAGAAACCUUUAAAAAUUGUUAUCAUUCUGUAAAAUUUAGACCUGUUUUUCAGAAAUAUUUAUUUGUAAUACCUCAGAUUAGACAAACAUAAAUGUUUAAAAUAAAUAAAAGUAAGUUUAGGGAUUUAAAUGGAAAAUAUUCAUGUGCAAAGAAAGACUGUGGUAAAAAAAAAUAGUAAUCACCUACAUAGAGUAAGAAAAAUGACUUCCUUCAAGUGAACUCUUGGUGAUGGAGCAGUGUCAGUUUACAGACAGGCUGAUAAUACACCCUCAAAACAAAAGACACUACUGUAUGUGUGUGUACUACUAAAGACAUGUAGUUAAAUAUACACACAGAUUAAUGAAUUGACAUUUAAAGUUGUCUUUUUUAUCUAAAUGCGUAACAUUCUUAAAGUCAGCUUCUGUGGCACUUGUUGACCAGAACUUGUGUUCUUGCCAUCUGCUCACUCUUGCUUUCUUUUCUAAAGUAGUAAACAGCACCCACCCUCCCCUCUCUCAUUACUUAUGUAAAACUGCUGCAAUGUCAUUCCAUUGCUUUGACUGCUGCAAUGCCUCUCUCACCCACUGUGACUGAAAAAUGCAGCCUGGGGCUUUGAAUUGGAAAAGCCUGAUGACUGCCAUUCUUUCUCUAUCUUGACCAGAGCUUUCUCUUGAUGGUUGGGCCAUUGUUUGCUUGUUGUGUUUGCCUGCUGGGGAAGACUCUUAGCAAGGAAAAUGACUCAGGGGUGUCAACAGCCUGUCCUCUGGUUGCUGUCAAUGUCCCCCACUCUCCCUCCCCCCUCCGUUUGACUGGUGUGGAUAGUGUUGUUAGCACCUGAAGGCCUUUGUGUGACUUAAAGGCUUGAUUUGAUUUCUGACUGCCAGGAAACUGUGUGUGUGUUUGUUUGACAAGUUGUUUUCCUCAAAAAACUUGUGUUUUGUGUGUGUGUUCCAUUUGUGUGUGGAUGGGCUAAUUUGUGGACAAAAUCUAAUUUAACUGUCUGUGUGAAAAUUGAUUCACUAGAUUUUUUAAAAUUCUACAUUGAUUGUUUUUUUAGGCCUAAAUAUUUUUUCUACACAAUUACGCAGAUCAAAAUCUCAGUGACAAACCUGCUUGUUUACACUGCUGAAUUUGGAUGGGUAAAAGUUUGAAAGAUGUCAUUGACAAACCUAAGCACAUUAAAGUCUCCUUUAGGUGAAUAAGCUUACAGUCUAAUACACACUUGCGUAUCCACUUGGACACACCUAAGUCUACAUCCUGUGUAUCGUUAUCCGUGAUCCAAACAGCUGCAUUGCCAGAGGAGGGGCUUAUAGCUGUAAAGCCAUUGAUUUAGGGGUCUGAUAAUGGGCCCCACAUAUACAUGUUGGAUGGAUGUAGCCUUUCAAAGUCAAACAGUCAUCACAGACCCACUGACCUGAGCAGCUCCCUUCUUAGAGAUGAUGUAACUUUUAAAAUGUCCUUAUUUAGCUGCACUCCAUAGCCACCAAUGUGAAAUGUAGACUGUACGUUAUAAUCUUACUUCUCUUUGCCCCUUCUCCCAAGCAGAAAAAACACAUUGUAUGACUGAAAAAAACUUUGGGUUAGCUUUAAGAGUCCUUUCUCAUACACUGUUAUCUAAAGGCGACUUUCACCAAACUGACGUCUUUGUUUUGUUCCAUGGAGAAAAGGAAAGCGCAGAGGGUUUGAAAUUGUGCUUCUGUCAAAGAUAAAUGACAGCAAACAAUAUUUGUCUGUGCAAAUCAGACACAUGUUUAAAGCAAGCACACAUUCUAAAGCAUAGCAGUAUAUUACUACAUUUUUAGGCUGUAUGUUGGGGGUUGUGUGAGUUAAUACUAAGGGGUAGUUAUUCUGGAGACAAUAUUGACUGUGUGUUUUGUUAAUUAAAGGACAUUUCCUUAAGAUCUUUGUGACUAUACUGUGGUAACGUUUAAACUGUAUGUGCAAUAUCGACUUAAAGAGUACUUUGAUAUUAAAGUCAACAUGCACCCUCCCCCACCCGCCACCCUACUCCAUGCUUCUUUUACGUCUUCUGUAAAUAAGAAAAACUUUACAAGGCUCUAAAUCUAUUUAUACUACAUGGAAGUUGUUCAGGUGUAUUACAGAGAGACAUA